UUACUCUCAUUCCUCAAGUGAAAACGGAGGCAAGUCCGAGUCCGUGGCCAACCUACAGGCCCAGUCCUCCUUAAACUCCAUCCACAGUUCCCCUGGCCCCAAACGCUCCACCAACACCCUUAAGAAAUGGCUGACGAGUCCCGUGCGUCGACUCAACAGCGGGAAAGCGGAUGGAAACAUCAAAAAGCAGAAGAAAGUACGAGAUGGUCGGAAGAGCUUCGACCUGGGAUCUCCCAAGCCUGGGGAUGAGACGACUCCUCAGGGAGACAGUGCUGAUGAGAAGAGCAAGAAAGGUUGGGGUGAAGAUGAGCCAGAUGAAGAAUCACACACCCCUCUCCCGCCACCUAUGAAGAUUUUUGACAACGACCCCACACAGGAUGAAAUGUCCUCCUCUUUGCUAGCAGCCCGGCAGGCUUCCACUGAAGUACCUACUGCUGCAGACCUUGUCAGUGCAAUAGAAAUGUUGGUCAAAAGCAAGCUGAGUCUAGAAGGAAGCUCAUACCGGGGGAGCUUGAAAGACCCUGCAGGCUGCCUGAAUGAGGGGAUGACAUCACCCACUCCCCCUAGAAACCUGGAGGAAGAACAGAAAGCCAAGGCCCUAAGAGGCAGGAUGUUUGUCUUGAAUGAGCUGGUGCAGACAGAGAAAGACUAUGUCAAGGACCUGGGGAUUGUGGUAGAGGGCUUCAUGAAGAGAAUAGAAGAAAAGGGUGUCCCUGAGGACAUGCGAGGAAAGGACAAAAUCGUGUUUGGAAAUAUUCACCAGAUUUAUGACUGGCAUAAGGAUUUUUUCCUAGCCGAACUGGAAAAGUGUAUCCAGGAGCAGGACAGAUUGGCACAGCUCUUCAUUAAGCAUGAGCGGAAGCUGCACAUCUAUGUGUGGUACUGCCAGAACAAGCCACGCUCAGAGUACAUUGUUGCUGAGUAUGAUGCCUACUUUGAGGAGGUAAAACAGGAGAUAAAUCAGAGGCUGACGCUUAGUGACUUCCUUAUCAAGCCCAUUCAGAGAAUAACAAAAUACCAGUUGCUCCUCAAGGACUUCCUGAGAUACAGUGAGAAGGCUGGUUUGGAGUGUUCAGAUAUCGAGAAAGCAGUGGAGUUAAUGUGCCUUGUUCCCAAACGUUGCAAUGACAUGAUGAAUCUAGGACGCCUGCAGGGCUUUGAGGGCACCCUGACUGCUCAGGGGAAGCUGUUGCAGCAGGACACGUUCUAUGUGAUCGAGCUGGAUGCAGGCAUGCAGUCCCGGACCAAGGAGAGACGCGUGUUCCUCUUUGAGCAGAUUGUGAUCUUCAGUGAACUGCUCAGGAAGGGAUCCCUCACUCCAGGCUACAUGUUCAAAAGGAGCAUCAAGAUGAACUACUUGGUCCUGGAGGAGAAUGUGGACAAUGACCCCUGCAAGUUUGCGCUCAUGAAUAGAGAGACUUCUGAGAGGGUCAUUCUGCAAGCCGCCAAUGCUGACAUCCAGCAGGCCUGGGUGCAGGACAUCAACCAAGUCUUAGAAACACAGCGAGACUUCCUAAAUGCACUACAGUCGCCCAUUGAGUAUCAGCGAAAAGAAAGGAGCACGGCCGUGAUGAGGUCUCAACCAGCUAGGGUUCCUCAAGCCAGCCCUAGGCCCUACUCCUCUGUCCCCGUGGGCUCUGAGAAGCCCCCAAAGGGCUCCAACUAUAACCCGCCUCUGCCACCCCUGAAGAUAUCUACCUCCAAUGGCAGUCCAGGGUUUGACUACCACCAAACUGGGGACAAGUUCGAAGCCAGCAAGAACGACCUGGGAGGCUGCAAUGGGACCUCGUCCAUGGCCGUGAUCAAAGAUUACUAUGCACUGAAGGAGAACGAAAUCUGUGUGAGCCAAGGUGAGGUGGUCCAGGUCCUCGCCGUCAACCAGCAGAACAUGUGCCUGGUGUACCAGCCUGCCAGUGACCACUCCCCUGCUGCGGAGGGCUGGGUCCCAGGCAGUAUCCUGGCACCCCUCACCAAAGCCACGGCAGCAGCAGCAGCAGAAAAUAGUGACGGGAGCAUCAAGUAAGUGCCUCGCUGGCUUCCCUGGGAGAGCUGUAUGUGGAUUAAAAAAAUUCAGAAACAAACAAAAGAACACAAAAAUGCAAACACAUGGUAGGGAAUUACUGCUGCUUAUUCGCGACAGUGCCACUGGAACCAAUGUUUGAGUCCUGGAACCACACACAGCAUGAGGGCGUCCAGGCUGGAUUGUUCCGGGUGUUUUUUGUUGGUGGUGGCGGUGGUUUUUCCUUCUCGUUUAUAAUUUUCUGUUCAUUUUUCCUUCUUUUUUUCCCCCCACUCAUUAAGAAAAGAACCCUACUGAAACCCUAGGUGACAAAAGGCAUGCCUCCUGUUGCUACACUUGACCCACCACAGGACUCACUGGACUGGACUUCUAUUUAUAUUGUAUUAAGUUACUGAUAUAUAUAUAUUUUUUUGAUUGACACCAAAAAAUUACCUUAGCACAAAUGCCAGACCUGUAAAGGUCACAGGCCUGCUGCUUUCUCCCAGGAGAGAGGGAACUUUUUGGUUGUCUGUGGCAAUUCCUCUGUAUAGAUUGUAACUUUUUUUUUUAAUUUACCCCUUCCCUGUCACUUUAAUAUAUGUUCAUGGUAAUUUGUAAGAUAUUUCUUUUCCUUAUUUUGGUUGCGAAGACCCUUCCGAACACAUUCCUGUAUAAAGUAUUUUGCACUAUUUAAAGAAACCCAUACGGAUGAAGUCAGGUUGUGCAAUAUAAUGGAGAGUCACAAUGCUCAUCAUUGUACCUGUAAUGUAACUAAUAAUUUUAAAUGUACUAUUUUAAAUAUGUAAAAUAAAUUUUCACCAUGAGCAUGUUUUAAUGA